CUCGCAGAUAGGCGCUACAUGCCUGGCCAGCGUCGCAUCCAUGUGAUUCCAAAAUUACUAAGUCAGUGUGCAGGAUCAGGGGCGAAGCUCCCCUCUGCGUGCUGUGCGACACCCCUCCGGCAAGACUGUCGGCUCAGCUACCCUCAGGCAGGACCGCUGCCACAGCUCUCCUAUGCGUGCUGCCCGGCUCCCUUCCGGCAGGACCACCGACCCUCUUCGUUCGCCGUGGUGCUCCUCUGGCAACACCGUCGGCGCCCUCCCAUCUGCGUGCGCAACAGCGCCCCUCCAACAGGACAGCCGACCCUCUACAUGCGGCACGGCGCCCCUCCAGCAGGACGGCAGGCCCGGCCCCCCUCUGCUGCGGCGUCGCGCCUCUCUGGACGCGUUUCUCCUCGGUGUGUUACCUGCCUUAGUUCCGCCCAAGAUGCAUCCGGCGUCGAUGGGGAGGUCUAUUUCGACUGCUUCCACCGGAAUUAGACCGACAGCUCACGUCCAGAGCUGGUACAGGGCUGGCUUCUCUCACAUGCUCAUGUCGUUCUCAGCAAUGGGUUGCACGAGACUGCUGCCCAUCCCGACGCCGUCUGUGGACUUGAAGGUCCCUAAUUGAUGCUUGGCGUUCCCUCUCCUAAUAAUGUUGGUGCCGGCGCUCCACUUUCUCUCCCCACCAUCUCCACAAGAAACUGAUGGAUUUUUACCCUUUAAAAUCUGCUCCGCCUCACCUCAUUUUUGUACCCAUCGACCUCCAGUACUGGAGGGUCUCUCUGCCAGAACACUCAUACUGCUGCCGGUGAGUAACUCCCUCCCAUCUCCUCCAUAUUCUCUAUGCCAUAUUGCUGCCUGCAUCACAAAAUUGCAUUGUCAGGCUGUACUUGCUCGAUUACACCCAAGUACUGUUCAUUCGUCUUCCCUCUCUGCCUACACAAACGCAUUCGAUUUCUGCCUCCUACUGGUACAUAGUCUCCACCUCGGUUGCUUUGCUAAUUCUGGAUUUUGUUUGAUCAAUAUCAAUCUGAUUUUAAU